AUGGCCGAAUCGAAUCCCUGGAAGCAGCAAGCCAAGGUGAACUCAGCCCCUGCGGGUGCUGGAAGCCUCAAGAACAAGUUCGAAGACCUUGCCAAGCCCGAACCCAAGCCUCAGAUCAUCAAGGGCAAGACCACGUGGUCGUCGACGGGCCACUCGGGGGACAUGAGCAACCAGGGCAAGUUCCAGCGCCAGCACCAGAAGCCCAAGCGCAGCGACUUUGGGAAGUGGCUCACUACAACCAACAACGCAGGUCCUGCGCCCUCUCUCAGCGACCUGCCCUGA